CAUCAACAGGAAGUACUUUUACCAUCCUCUAUCUAGUUUUUAAACCAAAUAUAAUUCUUCAGGAUCUUUCUGAUGUAAAAUUAGUCUCAAUGAGACGUUUGUUUGUCAGGAUUUAAAUCCAGUUUUGAUAUGUAAAAGGACGUUUGAUUGCGCUGGUUUAGCUUUUCUUUAUCUGAACACGGUGACAAGGAACGUAACUCCUAGCGUACAAACAAAGUAACUACCGUACACAUUUAGUUAUUUUAAGAAACGUUGAAGAAAUAAUCGCUUCCACGAUGGAUGGGAGAGGUGUUGAUCUCUGUCGGUGCGGCGCAUGAAGAAGCCCGGUGGCUGAACCGACUCUGACAACAUAUCCCAAGAGAGCCAUGUUUCCUUGAAACAGAGGAUGUUACAAUCUCUGAUGUCUCUCUGGAAGGCAAUCCCUCUGGAAGGCAACUGGACAUUGGCAAGUAGUAUACUCGGAAACGGUGGGCAAAGUGCACGCCUACGGAGCCUGACCAGGAGGCCGCUCAGUCUGCCUGUUCUGCGGCAACAUUGUUUUGUGUCGGCUUCUGGGAUUAGAUCCACUGUCCUGGGUGGUGGUCCGAACUAAGGAUCCGCUUCGGGAAAGUCGUAUUCCUGGUGGUAAUGUUGGACAGAGCUAGUCCGUCCCCCUCCACCCUGCCGGAGUCCCCUGGUCACAACUCUCCUGGUAGCUCCUUACUGCUGGGUCUGAAGAGGGUGUCUGUGUGGCUGGUCGACUGCAGGAAAACACCGGGGCAGAGUGGAGCUGUGAGAGAAGGACAGGAGGAUGGAGAUCUGAUUUCAUCAAGUAAGAACAAUGGGGACUCUCCUAACCGUCGCUCUCUCAGUGGGAGGGACUUAUCAUCUGGGGAGGUUCAACUACAACAUGUUGCUGACGAGGCAGAGAAGAGUCUCUCCCAAUCAGAACACCUCAAACACCAGCACAGACGUACAGGGGAAGAAAUCUCACCACAGCUGCUCUGACUGUGGGAAGAGUUUCACUACACGGAGGUCCUUCAUAAUUCACCUGCGUAUUCACACCGGAGAGAAGCCUUAUCGCUGUGAUCAGUGUGGGAAGUUCUUUGCUCGAGUUUCCAACCUGACUACACACCAGCGAACACACACAGGAGAAAAGCCUUACAGCUGUGAUCAAUGUGGGAAGAGUUUUGCUUCAUAUAACACCUUCAAAUAUCAUCUGAGAAUUUAUGAAGGGGAGAAGCCUUACCCCUGCCUUGAUUGUGGGAAAAACUUUGUUAAUGCAGGAGCCUUAACCAUACACCAGCGUGUACACACAGGAGAGAAGCCUUAUAGCUGUGAUCAGUGUGGAAAGAGCUUUGCUGUAGCUUCCACCCUGAUUAGACACCAGCGCAUACACACUGGAGAGAAGCCUUAUAGCUGUAAUCUGUGUGGGAAGAGCUUUGCUGUAUCAGAUAAACUAACUAUACACCAGCGCAUACACACAGGAGAGAAGCCUUAUAGCUGUGAUCAGUGUGGAAAGUGCUUUGCUUUAGCUUCCACCCUGAAUAAACACCAGCGCAUACACACUGGAGAGAAGCCUUAUAGCUGUGAUCAGUGUGGAAAGAGCUUUGCUCGAGUUUCCACACUGACUAUACACCAUCGAACACACACUGGAGAAAAGCCUUAUAGCUGUGAUCAGUGUGGAAAGAGCUUUGCUCUAGCUUCCACCCUGACUGCACACCAGCGAACACACACUGGAGAAAAGCCUUAUAGCUGUGAUCAUUGUGGAAAGAUCUUUGCUGAGUCAGGGACCCUGAAUACACACCAGCGAACACACACUGGAGAGAAGCCUUAUAGCUGUGAUCAUUGUGGAAAGAGCUUUGCCGAGUCAGGGACCCUGAUCUCACACCAGCGAACACACACUGGAGAGAAACCCUAUGUCUGUCUAUGUGGAGAGAGCUUUGCUCGUUUAGGGCAAAUUAAAAAACACCAGAAAGCUCAAAUUUGCCAUAUUUCAACUCCCUCCUAUUUGACACAAUUUCCAGAUCCCUAAAUAAAGGAUCAAUAGAACACAUCUAGUGAACAGUCAUAUUCAUCUCCCAUUCUUAAAUAGUUUCCUCAGUCUGAUCACCAUGGUAACCUCUGUGCAGCAUAAUGUGCAGCUCUGAUCUAGGAUCAGGUCUCCCCUGUGUCUAUGUAAUAUCACACAUUGAUUUAAAUUGAUAAACGUUAUCAUUGAUAAUGUCAUAGUAAACCUGUGUGUUGGAUGGGGGGGGGUGUUGAUAAUUGUAUCUUCUUUCAUAUACUUAUGACACUAUUAUUAUAAAAAUGUCAUUAUGUAGAAUGUUUGAACAAUAGGUGUAUAUUGGGCGGCAGUUGGGCGAGUAACCGGAAGGUUGCUGGAUCGAUUCCCAAACUGACAAGGUAAAAAUCUGUCCUCUGACCCUGAAGAAGGCAGUUACCCCACUGUUCCCCGGUAGGCUGUCAUUCUAAAUAAGAAUUUGUUCUUAACUGACUUGCCAAGUUAAAUAA